UUGAUCCCAUCGGGUCUCAUCACGUUGUGGGAGGUGGGUUCCUCCACCCCCACGUGCUUCUGUUUCCAGGCCCACGGCUCCUCGCGCAGCCUCCCUGUCGAAGCGCUUUGCCAGAGCAGCGCGCGCUCUUUUAGACCAGACAGCAGGAACCUCGUUCCACCCGCGCGGCUCCGCUCGCAGCUCCUGUGGCUUCGUCUGAAGGCGCAACAGCGGAUAAAUCAGAGGGACUAUGAGAGCAUCAUGCUGGCUGUGAGAUGCCUGCUGUUCGCUGCAGCCUGGGCAAGGUGCGCCGGGACAGGUGCGAGGCUUCGGGGGAGGCUGGAUGGAGAGCAGGAGGGGGAGCAGGAGGUCGUUCAGCCCCAGCGGCUGCUGCUCCAGACCCACUCUGUGGAGGAGCUGCUGCACAGCCACCUGGACACCCGGGUCAAAACGGCCCCGGCCGGCUCCCAGCCCAUUCACUUGGCCCAGAGCAGCUUCUUGGUGAAGGCCUUUGGCACAUCCUUCAUCCUUGACCUUGAACUCAAUCACAAUCUCCUGUCUACGGACUAUGUGGAGCGACACUUUGACAACGGCCAGCUAUCAGAGAAUAUGGGAGGGGAGCACUGCUACUACCAUGGGCGUGUGCGAGGGCUUCCAGGGUCCUGGGCUGCUUUGUCCACCUGCCAUGGACUGCAGGGGAUGUUUUCUGAUGGGAACUUCUCUUAUGUGAUUGAACCUGUUGGCCGCGGGGAGGUAAUGGAGGUAAGUGAGACCUUCACUGGGGUCUAUUAUCUAUUUUGGAUAAGUGGUCAAAGUGACCACUUUGUAUAUCGAAUGCCCGCCAUUGACCUCUUCCCAGUUCCCUGUCCAGGUUGCUCAUUGAACAGGACAGAGCCUGAGGGGCGGACAGAUGGGAGCGAAGGAGGAGAUGGGAGGCAGGAGGAUGGAGACAAUGGGUCUAAAGAGGAGAAACCACUUUUUACAAAAGGCCUGAGACGCUCAAAAAGACAAGCGAGGCCAGGCCCGCGUACUGUCCAGACUGAGACCAAAUACAUCGAGCUGAUGAUUGUCAAUGAUUACGAACUGUUUGUGCAGCUCCGUCGGUCAACCACUCAGACGAAGAUUUUUGCCAAGUCAGUGGUGAACAUGGCAGAUUUGAUCUACAAGGAGCAGCUCAACACUCGUAUAGUCCUGGUGGCCAUGGAAACCUGGUCGUCAGAGAACAAGAUUGCUGUUGGCGAGGACGCCUUGCUUACCUUGCGAGACUUUAUGAAGUACAGGAAGGAGAGCAUUAAGAAACGCUGUGAUGCUGUGCACCUCUUCUCUGGGAGAACCUUUAUGAGCAGCCGGAGUGAGGCUGCUUAUAUCGGAGGCAUAUGCUCCCUGACACGGGGUGGAGGCAUCAAUGAGUUUGGCACUAUGGGUCCAAUGGCCAUCACACUGUGCCAGAGUCUUGGGCAGAACAUCGGGAUGCUCAGGAACAAGGAGCGAACAUCUGCAGGCGGCUGCAGGUGCCCAGACCCGUGGCUAGGCUGCAUCAUGGAGGAUACAGGCUAUUACCUACCUAGGAAGUUCUCCCGCUGCAGCAUAGAUGAGUACCUGCGAUUCCUCCAACAGGGAGGAGGGAGCUGCCUCUUCAACAAGCCAACGAAGCUCUUAGAUCCGCCAGAGUGUGGAAACGGAUUUGUGGAGAUAGGUGAAGAAUGUGACUGUGGAUCAUUAUUGGAGUGCGCUCAGAGUGGGGCCAACUGCUGCAAGAAGUGUACCCUCACCCACAAUGCCAUGUGCAGCAACGGGCUCUGCUGCCGGGACUGUAAGUACGAGCUGCGAGGAGUAACGUGUCGCGGUGCAGUAAACGACUGUGACAUCCCUGAGACGUGCACAGGAGACUCCAGUCAGUGUCCUCAUAACGUCCACAAACUAGACGGCUACACGUGUAAUGUGGGCCAGGGUCGAUGCUACGGAGGCCGCUGUAAAACCAGAGACGGGCAGUGCAGGGCUCUUUGGGGCUACAGUAGGUUUGGCUUUUACGGUGCUGCGCUGCCAUCUCAUGACUCAGCGGAUAGGUUUUGCUAUGAAAAGCUCAACUCUGAGGGGACAGAGAAAGGCAACUGUGGUCCAGACCCUAGUGGACAAGGAUGGGUGCAGUGCAACAAACAGGACGUUCUGUGUGGGUUGCUGCUUUGUACCAAUCUGACUGAGAGGCCAAGUUUUGGUGAACUGCAGGGGAAACUCACCAGUCUAACUAUCCACCAUCAGAACAGAUACAUGGACUGCAGGGGGGGUCAUGCAGUGCUGGAUGACGGUCUGGAUCUGGGUUACGUGGAGGAUGGCACACCGUGUGGGCCAAACAUGAUGUGUUUGGAGCGGCGCUGCCUUCCCGUCCCCACCUUUAACCUCAGCACCUGCCCAGGCUCCUCAGCCUCCCGGAUCUGCUCCCACCACGGGACUUGCAGCAACGAAGUGAAGUGUAUCUGUGAACCAGACUACACUGGAAAGGACUGCAGUGUGUUUGACCCGAUUCCAACUCCGACCCCACCGGACGGCCUGGAGAAAUACAAAGGUCCCAGUGGCACCAAUAUCAUAAUAGGUUCAGUUGCUGGUGCAAUUCUACUGGCAGCAAUAGUCCUGGGAGGAACUGGCUGGGGUUUUAAGUAA